ACGGUAAAACGGUGGUUUUUCGCCGAUCAGACUGAGCCAUCGCCGAUCUGACAGAGGGAGGCGCUGACACACGUGAUAUGUUCGUGAAAAUGUCUAAAGGAUAUUUGGCCUGAGCCAUCGUCAGCCCCUUGCUUCAGAAAGAGCGUCAUAGCUCGUUUAGCGAUCAUUGGUGCUUCUUGCAGAAAGAUUACAAUGUCGCGGUGGUUAUUGAUAAAUUGUCUUAUUGCCUGUUUCAAACUUCUGCGUUGAUGAUCGCUGCUAUUCCUAAUAUCCUCGGUUGGUUUGCCAUCUCCUUGGCAAAGGACACUACGUUUCUGUAUAUGGGGCGAUUGCUUGAAGGAUUUGGUGUUGGUAUCAUAUCCUACACGGUGCCUGUUUACAUAGCAGAGAUUUCUCCUCAGAACAAGAGGGGCGCUCUAGGCUCUGUGAACCCGUUGUCUAUAACAAUUGGGACGGUGUUGGCCUAUGUGCUCGGCAUGCUUGUUCCUUGGAGGAUGCUUGCGAUGAUAGGAACCUUGCCAUGCACAAUAUUGAUACCUGGCCUAUUUUUCAUUCCAGAAUCUCCAAGAUGGCUGGCAAAGAUGAAUAAUAUGGAUGAUUUUGAAGCCUCUCUACAAGUUUUGAGAGGAUCUGAGACCGAUAUAACCUCAGAAGUGAAUGUUAUAAAGACAGCUGUAGCAUCAGCAAACAAAAGAACGGCAAUCCGUUUCCAAGAGUUAAACCAAAAGAAAUUCCGCAUGCCCCUGAUACUAGGAAUUGGCCUGCUUGUACUACAACAACUAAGUGGGAUCAAUUCUAUACUGUUUUAUGCAGGUAGCAUCUUCAAAGCUGCAGGUCUUACAAACAGCAAUUUGGCCGCAUGUGGAGUUGGAGCUAUUGCGCUUCUUGCCACUGGAGUUACAACCUGGUUACUAGACAGAGCUGGCCGACGGAUCCUACUUAUUAUCUCUUCUGCCGGGAUGAUCCUAAGCCUUCUUGCAACUGCCGUCAUAUUUUUUCUCAAGGACAACGUUCCACAAGAUUCUGACAUGUAUUACAUAUUAAGCAUGGUCUCCUUGUUUGCUAUUGUGGCUUAUGUAAUCACCUACUCCUUCGGUAUGGGCGCCAUUCCAUGGGUCAUAAUGUCUGAGAUCCUGCUGGUUAGCAUCAAGAGCCUGGCGGGAAGCUUCGCGACGCUCGCCAACUGGCUGACCUCCUUUGGGAUAACAAUGACAGCAAACUUGCUGCUCAGCUGGAGUGCUGGAGGUACCUUUGUGUGCUACAUGCUUGUGAGCGCUUUCACGCUUGUGUUCAUCAUCCUCUGGGUUCCGGAGACCAAGGGAAGAACUCUCGAGGAGAUACAAUGGUCGUUCCGCUGAGCUCGGUAGAUUUAUCAUAAGAUGGAAAAAAAAAUUCGAGUUGGGCAUCGUCUACAUUUUACAAGUCUGAUUGCUCAUAUGCAACAUUAUUGUCUGUAGUCCUGUACAUCAUUGUUUCAAUUGACUUUGUAUAGAGGGCGUGGCUGUGUAGCUGGUGCCUCCUUUCAGUUAGGAAGGUGUUGGAUGACCUUAAGCUUUGUCAAACCAGUAGGAGCUUUGGACUACAUCCAAUGAUAAGUACCUAUAUUCACGGCA